GAAAGUGACAAUGGGGAAGAAAGUAGAGAAAGUGAUAAAAGAGAAGCCAGUCACCCCGGCAGAGGAAGAGGGCCCAAAGACUGCUGAGGACUACGUGUGCACUGGGAACCUGGAGCAUGACCUCACUGAAAUUUGUAACCGACUGGAGAUCCUGGAGAUGCCAAUUGUGACUCUGCGACACCCGGGAAUCACAGUCAGUGGGAUGUUUGACGAGAUGGAAUCUCUGACUCCCUCGGACGUCUCCUCUGCUCCCCCACUGAAAGAUCAGAUCUCCUUCUUCAGACCCAGUGUACAAGUUGAGCUGGAGAACGAUGACCCGAAGCAAGUGAAGGCCAUUUAUAUCCGAGGCUGGAUGAUUGAUCAGAGGUACAUCUUCAUCUUCCAGAAGUGCCUACCUGCACUCAGCAACCUUCACACCAUCAACCUGUGGAACGUGGGUCUGACAGAAACCACCUUUGCUGCAUUCCUCAUUAUCCUGCGACAGUGCUUCUCCCUCAAGUCGGUGGUACUGGAUGGUAAUCCCAUCGCUGGGCAUCCCUAUCAUCAGCUCCUGAGUGAAGACAGUCAGUUCCAAAAUCUAACUCUGAGAAACAACAAGAUUGAUGAUGCAGGAGCAAAGCUAAUUGGAGAGGCGCUUUCUACAAUUAAAAAAUCAAACAAGACUGUAAUAACAUUAAAUCUCAGCUUUAAUCACAUCACAGACGAAGGAGCUGGUUACAUUGCAGAUGUAAAUUCAUCGGGCUUAGGAUUUGUUACCAUGGGAGAGUUCCGACUGCUGUAG